AUGUCAGAAAUUUGUCGUAAGGAUUCAUUAGCUCGCAAUCUCAACACAAUGUCCAAUAGUUUUCGAGACGAUUAUAACUUUUAUCCUAUGACGUGGAAUUUACCAUCAGAUUACAUAAAAUUUAAAACUUACAUAAAUCAACAUAAAAGUGCAGCAUAUAUUAUAAAACCAGCAAAAGGAAGUCAAGGAACCGGAAUAUACAUAACGAAAUCUCCGAAAAAUAUUAAUCGAUAUCCUGAAAUGAUUUGUCAGAUUUAUAUUUCCAAACCAUUGUUGUUAGACGGCUAUAAAUUUGACAUGCGUGUGUAUACUUUAAUAGCAUCGUGUGAUCCACUUAAGAUAUACGUUUACAAUGAUGGUCUUGUCAGAUUAGCAACGGAACUAUAUGCAACGCCUACGCACGAUAAUGUGAACGAUCGGUUUAUGCACCUAACCAAUUACUCGGUAAACAAAUGCAAUAUAAUGUACAAUGAUGACGAACUUUGUGGAAGUAAACGUCGAAUUACCGCACUUGCUGAUUGGCUCCUUUCUAAAGGCUACGACGUGAAAAAAAUAUGGAACGAAAUUGAUGACGUAAUCAUUAAAACCAUGAUCUUGGCCUAUCCGUCUGUCAACCGCAGCUAUCAGUCGUGUUUCUCUCGUCAUAAAUACACGCCGCCAUGCUUCGAGAUACUUGGAUUUGAUAUACUUUUGGAUAAAAAUUGCAAACCGUAUCUCUUGGAAGUCAGAUAUAUAUAA